UAGCCGCGCAGUUGUUUCCGUGAAGACAACUGCGAAGGAUGUGUAGUCCACGGCUAUGCGCCUGUUGAGUGACAAUCGUAUUUUCGCUCUGUUGUGUGUUCAUUCGCUCCUGUCCUUCGUAUCAGUGAUCUGUGACGGAGUGGAAUACGCGCUUAUGCGGACACUUAUGGAAAAUUAUGACUCAUCCAUUCGACCAGCGAAAAACUCUACACAGUCAUUGAAAGUAGAAUUUGGAGUCUCCUUACAUCACAUCAUUGACGUGGACGAAAAAAAUCAAAUCCUGACGACGAAUUGCUGGAUAACACAAGUUUGGACGGACCAUCACUUGCUGUGGAACAUCAGUGAUUUCGAUGAAAUCACAGUCCUACGGAUACCUUAUCAUAAAGUUUGGCGACCUGAUAUAAUAUUAUAUAAUAAUGCUGACUCGCAGUACAACUCAGCAGUAAUUAAUACGAACGUAAUAGUGAAACAUGACGGUGAGGUAACCUGGCUGAGUCAUGGCAUCUACAGGAGUUCGUGCGAUAUUGACGUCGAGUAUUUUCCAUUUGACAUCCAAAGUUGCGCCAUGAAAUGGGCCUCCUGGACGUACGACGGUUACAUGCUGGAUCUGGUCAAGCAAACGGAAGAAGGAGACGUGAGUAACUAUCAAGCGAACGGAGAGUUUGAUCUUAUCGGCUUUGACUCAAUCAAGAAUGUCAUUACCUACUCCUGUUGCGAGGAGCCUUACCCGGAUAUCACCUAUUUCAUCAGACUCCGGAGACGGCCCAUGUUUUACGUCUUUAACCUCAUCCUUCCGUGCAUCCUAAUUAACUGUAUCGGAGCUGGGACCGCAUUAUACUGCGCGGCCGCCACCUUGAAUUUUGAGAUGUUGAAAAUCUGACCAAAAGUUGACCCGUUGAAAAAUACCCCCUAAAACCGAAUUUCACGAAAAUCGAUCGAAGUGAAGCCAAGACAUUAUAUUAGGCCACGGCCGCCAUUUUUAUCAAAUACGAUUCGUUUAAACUUUAUGUAUAUUUUACAUAAACUUUACCCUUGCCGGUAUUUUAUAGAUUUUGUUAACACUUUUUUACAUAAAUUUUACAGAAAAUUUUUAUAAAAAUUUA